AUGUUUUCUUACCUGUCCCUCUCUUUCUUUCUUUCUCUUUCCAUCUUACUCUCUCUCUUUAUCUUUUUAUUUUUUUUUCUUCGUGCCGAUUUUCGCUUUUUUCUCUUUCUUUCUAAUCACUUUUUAGUAAUUUUUCUUUCUCUUUUUCGUCUUAUAAUUCCGUGUCUUUCUUCCGUUUUCUUUCAUUUUUUUCGUUUAAGAUUUCAUUUUCAUUUCCUUCACUAUAAUUUCUGUUUUUGCCUUGUUUUACUUUUUAAUGUUCUUUUGCGUUUUUUUUUUCUUUCAUUUACGACGUCUCUUUUUUAUUCUUUCUUUGUUUCUCAUCACUUUUUAAUCGAUUAUUUUUUUUCUCUUUUUUUGCAAUAUUUUAGCUUAUUUCAUUCAUUCUUUGUUUUUGUUCUUUUUUUCGUUUUUCUUCUUUCUUUUUCUUGCUUUCUAAUUUCUGUUUUAUACUUUUAUUUUCCUUCUCUUUUUCGUGCAAGAUUUUUUUCUUUCUUUUAUUCUUUCUUCACCAUCACGUUUCACAAGUUUUUUUUUUGUUUAUUUCCCAAUAUUUUUCGAGUUUUUCACUUUCAUUCAUUCCCCCCUUAUAGGCAUCUGGCACGUUUUAUGAUAGUUUUCCUUCUGAUUUCUGAUUUUAUUUUCCUGAUUUUUCCUAUUCUGUCUCUCCCCUCUCUCUCUCUCUCUCUCUCUCUCUCUCUCUCUCUGUCUUCGUCACUCUCUGUUCUUUGUCUUUUGUCUUCUUCUCUUUCUCCGUUGUAUUUGUUGGUGCUCUUUUUACUUUUGUCCCUCUACACACAGUUCUUUCCCAUCCACUCGCCGACAUGA